AUGGCUUCCACCAUUGCCAUAUCCGCAACGGCCCAGUCAGAGGCUUCUCAUCAGCCUUUUCAGUGUCAAGUAUGUUCUAGUCGCUUCACACGCCAUGAGAACCUCAAGCGUCACGCUGCGCUGCAUUCGCGGUCGUCCAGCAAUGCCUCGUUGCCAUGUCACCUUUGCUCGGCCACUUUCUCCCGCCCCGACCUGCGACUUCGGCAUAUGAAACGAAAACACCUACAGCAGAUGGAAAGGGGAUCUAGGGCGAAGAGGCAGCGGGACAUGCAGGCCCCUACGCCACCCUCGCACAGGAGCGCCAGUUUGUCUGCGUCACCGUCACAAACACAUGAUGAUGAUUCGAACAUGGACAGUCUCGGGUGGUUGGACGAUCAAGAUACCGAAGCACAUACUGUGAAUCUCUCCAGUAGCUUGUCAUCAAAUCCAGACAGCCUCCACAGCCUUUCGGCUGUCACCUCAUUGCCCCCACAAUCCGCCUUUGGCGAGUUAUCACCGACGCAAUUAAUGACCCAGAGCGCAAACGAUUCAAAUUUAUUCGGUGUGAGCUUUCUCGAACCGCCUGAAAAUAGUCAAAUGAACCACGCAUCAAUAUCGCAGGCCGCGCCCUUUGGAACGAGUCUGCUCAACUUUAGCCUCGACCAAUGCAGCCCCGAGAGAUUGCUAUAUCGAUCAAUCGACCUCACCCAUGACCAGAAUGACUGGUUUCCAUCCAAUGCGCAAAUAGAAAUUGGUUGCCAGUUAUAUUUCUCCCACGUUUGCCAUUUCGUUCCCAUACUUCACCAGCCAACUUUCAAUACUACUCGCGCCCCCUCCCAUUUACUACUCAGCAUGCUUUGCCUAGCAUAUCAAUACGGCGAGGAUCCAGAUCAAGAUAACCAAGCAGAUUCCGGCGUCGCAUUGUCCACGAGGUGCUUCCACCGCGCUCGGGCUCUCGUUGCCGACGACCAGGAUUCGGCAGAUGACCCGACACAGAGCCUCUCGGUUAUUCAAGCCUACCUUUUACUCGAGAUCUAUACCAUGAUGUAUCUUUGCGGGAGCCACUCGGCGUAUGGGCUCAAGACACACAGCAAAAUGGUCUCACUUGCUCGGUCAAGUGGACUGUCGUUGCCACUACCAACCGAAUGCGCAGUGACCUCUGACCUGGACUCAUUAUGGCACACAUUCAUAGAGGCUGAGUCACAUAAGAGGACGCUCUUUGUCGCCCAUCAGCUCGACACGCUGUGGUAUCAAUUCCUCUCAAUACCCCGGCAGUUCUCACACCUAGAGAUCAAGCAAGAACUACCCUGUCCAGAAGAGCAAUGGGUGGCGUCUUCACCAGCUGAGUGGGCUCACAAAAAGCUUGUUUCUGGCGUCUCUGGCUCACCAGUGCAAUACCCCGAUGCUGUUCGACGCUUCUUGUCGUCUGCGUUGGACCUCACUUCUCUUCCCGCAUUCGAUCCGUACGGAGCCAUAAACAUUACUCACUUCCUCGUUUCUAGCGCCCAAGAGAUAUCUGGAUGGUCCACCAUGACGGGCAUGAUCAGUACAGAAAGGCUCGAGCCAUUGCGUACAUCCCUCCAAGCACUAGGUCCAUUUACUCGCUCCAAGUCAGACCAGAAAAAUUCGUCGCGUGGAGCGCUAUGCGAAGCUUCUUGGGAAUUUAGUAUGAUCGAAGUGCGAUUAUGGUCGCCAUCGCACACGGGUGGAAUUGUCGGAGGGACUAUGGAUGCUGUUGUGCACCAAAUGGCAUAUCUAGCUCCUUCGUGCGAGUUCUUGUGCGAGCCCAGUACUGCAAAGGCUAUCCAGCCCCAUAUCGACUGGUUCCUCCGAUACCUCGAUGCGCCAUCUGUUCCGGACUCGGAAGCGCCCUGGAUUAUGCUGUACGGUUUCAAGGCUUUUGUGAUCGCUUGGCAGCUGGUCCAGGGAAGUGUCUUAGGUUCGAUGCAGGCGGUUGGUGUUCAGGAUGGAGAUGGCCACGCAGCUCUGGAGUGGGCCCGAGAAGUUUUUGGACGGAGACAAAGGUGGCAGCUUGGAAAGAUUAUUUUGGCAUGCUUAGAGACAAUGUAA